UACCACAAAUGGAAAAGAUCUUUUACUGGAUAUUUUGAAUAAAGAAAGUUUAGUGCGCUUUUCAAUGGUGCAAAAAAUUCAGAGUUUGACAAUGGAUGUCAUAGAUAACAAAAACGAUGCCCAAGCUUUCAAGAGAAAAUUAAGCGACAUAAACAAGAAACUGCAUGCAUUGGAAACUAAAAACCAAAAACUUGAAGAAGAAAACGAAAAACUGAAGAAAGUAUUUGAAUCUAUUACGUCUGUGAAUGGGGACAGCGACAAAUACUUACAAAUGGUUGAUACUAGUCUACAGAAGUUUUGGACUGUUUUCAAUGAAACAAUGGAAACCAUUCGCCAAGAACAAAAUGCCAGUAGCAGUCAACUGCUGAAAAUUACGUCUCAUCUCUCUUCAGGAUGGACACGAUUUGGAGACUCGGAAUAUUGGUUAGGAAGGCAGAAAGUGAAAUGGAUGACUGCAAGCGAAGAGUGUGAAAAGCUUGGUGCAAAACUUGUUGAGAUCGAGUCAUCGAGCCAGAAUAACUUCGUUCGCAGCCUUGCUAAAAAAUUAACAGCGAGUGUCUGGUUAGGCGCAACUGAUCGUGAGGUUGAAGGUCGAUGGCGAUGGGCACAUGAGAAUACCCCUCUGACGUUCAGCGACUGGGAUGUCUCCCACAACCAACCAAACAACUACAAUAAUCAGGACUGUCUGUGUCUCUUUGUUCCGUAUGGUCGUACUUGGUGUGAUGAACCAUGUGACAAGAGAGAUUAUCAGUACAUUUGUGAGAGAGAUGCUUUGUAAAUGUUUAAUUCUUUUCAGGCCCUAUUUAUAUAUGAUCUUAUAAUCACAUUAUUCAUUUGUUAUAUU